AUGCCUAAGAAAGCUAUACUGUUAAAAUCAUUGACUAGGGGUCGUGUACGUACUUCAUUUAAUAAAUAUAAUUUAUUCAACCUUUACAAGAAGAAUAGAAUAGAUUUCAAAUCGAAAUCUCUUUAUCAACAAAAAUUUAUUUCAAAACAAGAAACAAGAGCAUACCAUGGUGAACACCUAACUGAAGGUAGAUGGAAAGCUACCUUUACUCCAGCCCUGGAAUCUGUUGCUCAAUUAGAUGCAUCUUUACGUGGUGGUAAAGUACCAGAUACACCUUAUUUAUUACAAACGUACGGUGUAUUAGAAAAGAGAUUAGACUUUGCAUUAUUUAGAGCUAUGUUUGCUUCUUCUGUUAGACAAGCAAGACAGUUUAUUUUACAUGGCAAUGUUACUGUAAAUGGUAUCAAAAUUAAGCAUCCGGGUUAUGUAUUAAAACCUGGUGACCUAUUUCAUGUCACUCCAGAGAAAGUAUUAAUGGCGUUAGGUGCCAAAAAACCAAAUUUAGAAGAAGCAUUGAAAGUAGACAAAAUCCAAAUUGUAUUAUGGAAUAAAUAUGUGAAAAAUGCAAGAGAAAAUCCAAAAAAAGUUUGGGAUGUCAAAAUGAAGAAAUUAUUAAAUUUACCAAAUUCAGAUCCCAAGAAACAAAAAUAUUUAGAGUUUGUUAAAAAUUAUGAAAAGUCCAUGGAGGCAAGAUUGAAGAAAGAAUUGACUGAUUGCACACCUUCUAAGAUAUUAACAAAUGUUAUUGAACAUAUAAUUAACAAGGAUAAAGAAAUUGAAAAAAUUACUGAAGAUGAUUUCUCAGAUCUGUAUGAUGAUAAUGUAGAGUUAAAGAAAACUUCCUUAGCUAUAAUGAAAGAGUUUAAAACCAGUGAUAAUGAUCUAUAUAAACAGUUUGUAUCAAAAACAGAUGAGGAACGUGCCAAAUUUAUUGAAGAAUUAUUAGCUUUGCGUGACCCAAUUAAGGAAACAAUUAAAGCAGAACAAAUAAAAACACUUCGUCAAAUUAAAUUCCAUUUGUCAACAAUGACCAAACCUUUAAAUUCUUUCUUAUUAAAUAAAUAUUCUGUGGAUAAAUUAAAGUCAGGUACGGAUAAUUCCACAAAUGCUUCAAUUCCUUAUAAUCCAAGUUGGUCUAAAAAAUUAAAAUAUCAUGAUCCUAUUAAAAAUGUAAAAGAACUAAUUGAAACUAAUUCAUCUGAUGAGAAUAAAUUAAAGAAUUUAAUAAAUUUACCUUGGCAACAAAAAGCUAUUUUUGGUAGAGAGGAAAAAAACAAAUCAUAUUUCACACCAUGGAAGCCAAGGCCAUUUUUGUCACCUUUUGCCAUCUUACCACAUCAUAUUGAAAUUUCUUUUAAAACCUGUAGUGCAAUUUAUUUGAAUGAUCCAAAAGCUCGUCCUGGCCAUUCUGAAGUCAUUUCACCAUUUAAUUUAGCUGUACAUGAAAGAGCUUAUAUGUAUUAUGUUAGAAAAGGUAGGUAA